AAUCGAGCCUGGAUGCGAAGCCUAGUGCAGACGGCCACCAUGAUGGGAAUGCUCGCGGGCACACUGGCAUCUUCCCUUGGAGACAGGUUCGGUCGCAGACCCAUGGUAAUAACAGGUUACGUGACCAGCUUUGUUGGAAGCGUGUCCGUGGCGGUGUCCCCGUGGUUGUCCGCCCUUCUUGCAUCUAGGGGACUGCUGGGCUUCGGCCUAGGAAUGGGACAGUCCUCAUCUUUCUGCCUACUAAUGGAGGUGAUCGGCCUUCAGAAGAGGACCGCUGCAGCUCUUGCGCUCGGCGUCGGCUUCUCUCUGGGCAUCAUCGUGCUUCCAGGCUUAGCUUGGUUCCUGCAAGACUGGAGGACGCUGCAGUGGGCUAUGAGCGCCCCUUUUUUGGUAUUCGUCGUUUGGUCGUGGUUCUUGCCGGAGUCUCCGCGUUGGCUUAUAGCCAAAGGAAAGGUUCCUGAAGCCCGUAAAGUAAUACUGAAAGCCUGCGCGGACAAUGGACUCCAAGUGGACGACAUCGAUAUGGUCCUAGUGCAACUAAGGAAGAAAAUUCUGCAGGAAGAAGAAGCUGCCAGGAAGAAGGCCAGCUGCAUAGACCUCUUAAGAAGCCGAAGAAUGCUGCUCUACACCGUCAUACUGGUUUACGCCUCGACCGCUGGUGGCCUCACCUUCUACGGCCUGCAGCUAUCGGUGACCAGCCUGGGCGGCGAUCCCUACCUGACUUUUGUUCUGGCAGCCCUCGUCGAGCUGCCAGCAGUGAUCGUCUGCUACGCGGCCAUACGGUGGUGCAGGAGGCGUCCGACAUUGCUCACUGUGUACGGCGGCGUCGCAUUGAGCACCCUCGCAGUGUGCUUACUGCCACUGGGUACUACGUUACUUUAGCCACUCGGCCCCUGGUUGUACUUACGAC